CAAGGAGAUCCCUGAAUCCAGCUCCUGCCUAACGUGGCUCUGCUCUCCCCUUGCAGAGAAGACCGGGAAGGUGCUGGGAGAGUUUUGCCGGUGCUACAAGGAGCAGUAUGGUGUAGCGCUCUUCAACAGCGUCCGCUAUGAGAUCGAAGGCAACGGAGGGCCGCAGGCCCAGCUGCUCCACCGCAAGGUCCCCCUGGAGGACCACGUCAUCUACUCGGGCAACCUCUUCCAGUACAUUGAGGAGAACAAGAAGUGGAGGAACCGCUUCUGUGUGGUCCCACACAACUAUGGCUUGGUCCUCUAUGAGAACAAACUGGCCUAUGAGCGGGACUUGCCACCCCGUGUGCUGGUCAACAGUGCUGGCUACAAGAUCCUUACCUCCGUGGACCAGUACCUGGAACUGGUGAACAGCAGCCUGCCUGGCGUGACGCCCAAAUCGGGGCACUCUCCCAUCCUGAAGUGCCCCACGGAUUUCCCCCUCAUCCUCUGGCACCCCUACGCCCGGCACUAUUACUUCUGCGUGAUGACGGGCAAGGAGCAGGAGAAGUGGCGGGCAGUUUUCCAGGACUGCAUACGGCACUGCAACAACG